AUGUUGCAGCCUGGGAAGCAAUACGAGUGUAAGAGAAAUCAGGCAUUAGCAAAGGCGACGCCAUCGGGAAGCAAAAGCUGCACGAUUUCAUCGCCGACGACGAUGUCGGUCGCCGCUCAAUCAAGAAGCCCGUCGUUGUCGUCUCAAUCAACGAAAGAGGACCGAGCGAGCUUGAGUCGACGACAACGAAAGAACCGGACGAAAAAUCCACGGGAGCAGCGACGCGAGCCUCACGACGAAGGCCAACAACGACAACACCAGCAACAUGAUCGUCGAGAUCAUGCCGCCGAAUCGAAUAUUUGGCAGUUGAGAAUGCAGAGUGAAAGCUACCAGGUUCCAAGUAACUUGCAUUACGAGCAUGUGAACAAUGUCAACGUGAUGGCGUCGGCGGUUGCCGCGUCGUCGUCGUCGUUGUCGUCGUCGUCGUCGUCCGGCGGUUUUCUAAGCGAGCUGAGGAAAGAGCUGUGGCUGCUAAGCGACGCCGAUCUCGCGUCCAUACUUCGCUCGUACACGCUCACGUGGGAGCACCUGGCUCGCUUGGGCUAUCCGAUGGAGUGCAGCUACUAUCCCGGCUCGGUGAUGAUCAUCAAUCACUUCCCGUUGAAGAAACAUCGGCAGACAACUCGCCAGCAUUAUCACCUGGACGCGAACGCGCGAGAGUUCGUGCCUGGUGGUGGUAACAGCGUUGCCACGGCCGAGAGCGAAGCGGACAGUGGGAACAGCAGCGGAAGCUCGGACCUGGAGCAAGAGAGUUGCUCGGACAGCGACAAGAGCUCGGACAAUGGUGAAUCAACGUGCUCCUCUGACUUCGCUUGCCAGUCGAGGAGGAGCUCGGCCACCGAGCUUGUUAACAACAUCGUUGAGAGGAAAUGCGCCAGGUGUGAGAAAUUGUACUACGUGAACCUCGAGAACGGCAGCUACCUCUCCGAGGAGGAAUGCACUUAUCAUUGGGGCAAGUUGCGCAACGAGGGCGCCAAUUAUAUGCAGAACCGCGUGUGGGACUGUUGCCGCGGCGAAUACGGCGAACCCGGCUGCACCACCGCCAAGAAGCACGUGUGGACGGGGUUGACGCCGGGUUUCAACGGCCCGUACAACGGCUACGUUCGCACCAAGGUGUCGAGGAUCGUGCCCGAGGAUGGCAACUACGGCAUCUACGCUCUCGACUGCGAGAUGUGCUUCACCCAGCGUGGCCUCGACCUCGUCAAGAUCACCGUCGUCGACAUGGGCGGCAACGUCGUGUACGACACGCUGGUGAAACCGUACGACCAGGUGAUCGACUACAACACGAAAUUCAGCGGCAUCACCGCCGACGAUCUCGCCAACGUAACGAAAACGCUCAGGGACGUUCAGAGGGACUUGACUAGCUUCAUCCACGCCGAGACCAUACUCGUUGGCCACGCGCUCGAGAACGAUCUCCGCGCGUUAAGGAUGCUACACACAACCGUCGUCGACACGUGUGUCGUCUACCCGCACUAUCUAGGCUACCCGUUCCGCAGCAGCCUGAAAACGUUGGCUAGGGUGCUGCUACGAAAGGACAUACAACAAACACCGCAACACGACUCCGUGGAAGAUGCUAGGACUGUAGUCGAUCUCAUAUUAAAGAAAGUACAGUACCAUAUCACGGAAGAUCAUAGCACCGGCUAUUACAAGAAUGACAUCGCGUGGUGA